AUGACCGGCUCCGCGGGCGGCCAGAACCGGGCGGCGGAGGGGGAGGAGGAGAAGCACCCGUCCGACGCGUCGGCCGGGGCCCGCUUCCGGGCGAAGGCCGUCAAGGUCAUCAAGUUUGUGCUCGCGCAGUGGCUCGUCAUCGGGUUCGGACUGAGCUGCGUGUUUGCGUAUCUCUUCCCGAACGUCGCGGCCAGGGGCGGUCCGAUCAGGUCCGAGUACUCCAUCAUCUACGGCGGCAUCGCCAUCAUCUUCCUCGUCAGCGGCCUGCAGCUCUCGCACGCCAAGCUGCGCCAGAACCUAACCAACUGGCGCCUGCACAUCAUCGUUCAGGGCAUCAGCUUUAUCGUCAUACCCGUGAUACUACUAAUCAUCAUCCACAUCAUCAUCGCCGCCGGCGGCCUCCGCAACAACGUCUUGUCGACCCCGAUCAUCGUCGGCAUGGUCGUCGCGUCAUGCCUGCCGACGACCAUCGCCUCCAACGUGGUCAUGACGCGCGCCUCGGGCGGCGACGAGGCGGCGGCCAUCAUCGAGGUCGUCAUCGGCAACGUCCUCGGCAGCUUCAUCUCCCCGGGCCUCAUCUACGGCUUCAUCCCCAAGACGCCCGAGUUCGCCGACUGGCAGCCCGCGAACCCGAGCACCCUCGGCGGCAUGUACGCCAACGUCCUCAAGCAGCUCGGCCUCAGCGUCCUGCUGCCGCUGGCCGUCGGCCAGGUCGUGCGGUGGUUCUGGGAGAAGCGCGUCGACUGGGCGCUACGGACGUUUUACCUCGCCAAGGUGUCGACCUUUUGUCUGAUUUUGCUCGUCUGGACAACCUUCUCGGCCGCCUUCAAGACGGGCGCACUAUUCGUGACGCCGCACGCGUCCAUCAUCUUCAACGUCUUCAUGAACGUCGCCCUCUACAUGCUCUUCACCCUCAUCUGCUUCUACGCGGCGCGCCCGCCCCUCUCGGCGUGCGAGGCCGUCAACCCGCGCGUGGCGUCCCGCGCCGCGCCCGGGCUCCUGCGCCGCGCGCUGACGGUGCGCCAGCUGUCGCGCGAGCAGACCAUCGCCGUGUGCUUCUGCGGCGCCGCCAAGACGACGUCCCUCGGCAUCCCGCUGGCGACGGCCAUGUGGACGGCCUCGGACGACCUGACGAGGGCGCUGGUCCAGAUCCCCGUGCUGCUGUACACCAUCGAGCAGGUGUUCAUGGCGCAGAUCCUCGUCUACGUCUUCAAGUGGUAUCUGAGGAAGGCUGCCAAGGCGGAGGCGGAGGCGACGGAGGACGAGGAGGGCGGCGGCGGCGGUAAUAGUGUUGGGGGCGUGGGGUCAGGGGUUGGGAUGUCUGCAGACGAGAGGAGAGAGGGGGAGGGGGAGAGGUAUUCGGGUAAUAUGGCUGGGGGCGGCGAGGGUGAGAAGCAGAGUGGCAAGGAGAAAGGGGAAGGGGGUUGA